AUGAGUCAAUUCGCAACGAAUCUUUUGGUUCAAAAUGAUGAUCGAUUACUAAGGCAAUCGAGUCAAUCAGACUUGUCAGCUUACAGAGAAACUCCAUAUGAAUUUCCUUAUGGAAAUAUUAUUUUAAAUCUAUUUAAUAAUGAAGUACCAUCGAUACCUCAAGAUUUUCCAUUGAAUCCUACUACUAGUAAUUAUCAAUUAAAUUAUCCAAGUGAAUCUGUCAACCAGUUUGGCGGACUCGGAAUAAAUCUUUUUAAUGCUCUGUCAUCAAUCUCCCGCUACGACGAUCUAAAGUGUGUGCCUAGAAUACUUUGCGAAGUAGCGAGUGGGAAGCCACCAGGAAGAUAUAAACAGGCAUCGAUGGGAAAUGAUAAACAACAUUAUUUGGAGGAAUUUGGAAGAAGUACUUUCGCUCAAUGGCUUGCCGGUUCGGCAGAAGCGUCUCCCAUGUUGAAUUUCGCCCGAGCUGUCGUGCUGGGUUACAGCAGCAACGGAAAUCCGGCCAUGUGUUAUCGCGCGUUUCCUAGGUGUCCGCGUAAUCCCGACAAACUGGUGCAUUACCUGAACAAUCACAACGGCGGAUUCUUCCGCUUUUUCAGCAGAGGCGAACACAGCUUACCCCAAUCAUCUUACGUUUCACGAGGACGAAAAGCUUUACCCCCAGGCAUCGUAGGAGCAGAGGCUGAUCGGACCGGAACAGGCAAAUUAAACCUCGACAUUAUUUCAACUGCUCAAGAUUAUGGAAAAAACUUUUUUUCGAAAGAUAAUACGCUGGAGGGCUCAGGACAAGUAGUGUUUUUGAAUGAAGAAUCUUUAAAAGACGGAAACGAUCAUCGCUCAUCAGGAAAUAGAUUUUCCGAAUUUUUGACAGAUUUACAGAGCUCUAAUAUGUUUUCACAAGAUCCUAUUCCAUUCUUUCCUCAGGAAUCAAAGGAGCAAGGUGUUCGCAUAUUACGUUUUACCCCUGAAGUUUCAGACUCGACAUCUCAUGGUACAUUUCGUUUUCCGCAUUAAUCAUCGAUUUUCAUUUUGGAGAAAUUUUAGAAUAAUCAUUUCAGAAUCACGAGAAAUGACAUUUCUCAUGAUGAUAUAUUCCUUCUGUUAUAUGCAAA